AUGUUUACAACUAGGUUGCUCAGCCGGCAGACUCGAGCUCCUCUAAUGAGGACUCAAUUUCGCUGUGUAUCAACCCUGGAAGGAACCCCAUACAUAUACGUACACCCAACCAAUGGACCAGCAAGUGGAAGCCACAUCCUGUCAUUGCUACCUUCUGAGCCAGUAAACCCAGAACUGGCCAUUGGACUCACAACUCAACUUCCACCGACAACAGACUCGUUCAAAGAGAACCCCAAGUUCCUGGAUGUUCUCCAGGAAGUAUGCUCUGAGCAUGCGGUCGAAGAUCCCGAUGCUAAGUCCCAAGCUCAGGUCAUGGUAUCAAUUGCCGGUGCAAACUUGAGCUCGGGCGGUGUGCUAUUGGGUGGUCAGCGUGGACGCAGACGUCGCAAUGAGAGUGGUGAUUCGAGCGGCGGUGCAAGUGGUCAGGGUGGUGCGGGCUCUGGUGGUCGUGGUGGUUGGAUUCAUGUCUCCGAUGGCAGGCGGCCGCCUGACUAUGGUCGAAUUGCUUGGUAUGUGGAUUUCUGUUCUCGUGGCCUGCGAGUCACCUAG